CCGGCGAGGCGAGUUGAGAAAGCGGGACAUUUCAACAAGCAGGGAAGCAUCUUAUAUUAUGUAUCUCUUCCAAGCUGACUGUCCUUGUGCAUUUCUCUUUCUGCUCGUGAUAAUGUAAUUUAACAACUCCUUUUAUAGUUUGAGCAGAUAAGCCUGUGCAAUUGAGCGUAUCGAGGCAAUGAGCACUGCAGAGAAAAAGGAAUCUUGCAGUGAUGGAUUGGUUUCUUCAGAAAAUGCCAAAAAGUUGACAACAUUGCCGAUUUCCGAGUCCAAUCACGUUGUGAAGAGCUACAUAGACAGAUGUAGGAUAGCUGCAGCCUUGGCAAUCAUCAGAUCAAAGCCCCAGGGUGUAACGGGCCAGCAGUUUGCCAAACAGCUCUGUAGUUUCCAUCAAAGACAACUCCUGGAUUGGCAGAAAAGGGUUCAUGACUUGGAGGCAGAGUUCCUAAAAGUCAAACAAGACCAGUUGAUGGAAAGAAUGAAAAUUGGUAAUGGCAAAUUAGCUCAGGAAGAGGCAGAAGGCAAUUUAAUGCCGACACCACCCUCUUCAUCAGGAGGGGAACACACACAAAAUUUAAAUAAAGCUGAAGAAACAAUUGUUCAGUAUUCCCAGUUCCUACGGAGCAUUAUACAGUUAAAACAUUACAAAGAAAGGACAGACAUUAGUCAAGACCCAGAGUCAAAAUUAACAGUGGAGAAAAGUAUAUUGAAAUGUAUGGAUAUGAUAGUAGCACAUAUGCCAUCUGGAGACAGAAAUAGCAUGGUGUCCUCUAAUAUUUUGGAGCAGUCUGUGUCCACUUUGGUCAGUGUUCUGGACAGUAGACCCCUAGAGGACUGGUCAAGUACCAUUGUCCAAGGCCUACAGCACACACUCGGGGAGCUAGUCAGGAGGAUGGUUGAUCAGGAUAAUUUUCAUCAGAACAAUAAACCUGAACAAACAAGCUCUCUUCUAUUCCUCUUUGGAAAGUCCAAGCACUUCAAGUUCACUGUGGUGGAAUGUUUUUUCACUGAACUUCACUUCUUCUCUGAACAUUUGAGACAGGUGUGUUAUUCCCAUGCUCCACUACAGGUGAAACAAUAUGAAAAUAUGUACUUCGUUUUCAAAGUAUGCGAAGAAAUUCUCAAUCUGGAGUGUUGGGUGGAUAAAAAUUGUCAUCAUGGGAUCAUGGAUCGGUUGAAUCUUCAGAGCAUGCAGGAGAUUCUUACAAAUUGUCUACUUCACAUUUCAGAGGAAUUUCCGUUGUUUGCUCACUAUGUCUGGAGAUUAGGGGCUCUGAUUGAUUCAAUCUCUGCAACACAAAGCUGAGACAGUGACUUCACCACAGUUUGCUUACAGAAUUCUUUUGUUAACUGUCUUUAGUUGACAUGAACUUUGUCAGUCAGUUCUGGAAUCUUAGACUGAGUUCCCAUCCCUAGAUCGAUCUAACAGGAUCGGUCCA